AUGAAUACUGACGAGAGCACUGUUAGUGCACCCCUCCCCUCCACGGGUUUCAAAGGCAGCGACUUGCCUCCUCUAGUGACAGACGCACCCCCUCGUGUCCUUAUUGCUGGUGCCGGUUUAGCUGGUCUCUAUCUUGGCAUCCUCCUCGAGAAGGCAGGCAUUCCUUAUGAGAUCUUUGAACGCACCUCUGAGAUCAAGCCACUUGCAUUUGAACAACUGGGUCUGUAUGACAAACUCCUGUCAAUCUCGAAGCCUGGAGGAGGUCUCGCAACAUUCUACACGGACCAGUUGGAGGUCAUUGCCACAAGCACGUCUUCGCACGCAGACAUUGUUGGCUACGUCCCUCUCUUCUUUGCGCGACCCGAGCUGUAUGACAUGUUGUUCAAGCAGAUCCCAUCGGAAAACAUACACAUGUCCAAGAAGAUUCUUUCCUUCCAACAGAACCACGAAGGAGUCAUGCUCCGCUUCAGUGACAACACCACCGCUCACGGCGACAUUCUUGUUGGUGCCGAUGGAGCCCACAGCUCAGUUCGCCAACAUCUUUUCAAGACUAUGGAUAAACAAGGAUUAUUGCCAAAGACGGACACCAAGGCUAUGAGUAAAGGGUAUAUUUCCGUUGUUGGCACCACAGACGAAUUGGAUCCUGCCAAAUACCCUUGCUUGACUGAACCCAAAUGCGAGAUCGCUGAUGACCAGUUCAAAUCUUCGGACUGGAAACCCCAGCAAAACCAAGAAAUGUUGGACCUGUUGCGUGAUUUCAAGACACCGUACGGGACGAUGGGCGAUUUGUUCGACGUUACACCUAUCGAACGCGUUUCGAAGGUGUACUACGAGGACAUGUUGUUCGAGACUUGGACUCACGGACGAACUAUCUUGAUUGGUGACGCUGCGCAUAAGCUCCUCCCAAGCAGCGGUGCGGGUGCUGUCAACGCAAUGCAGGAUGCGGUCCUCCUCGCCAACCACCUCUACGACAUCAAGCCCACCAGCUUUGAGAAUAUCAAGCUCGCGUUGAAUGCUUACAAAGAAGAGCGAUUCGAUGCUGUCAAGGAUCAAUAUCCCCAAUCAUAUAUGAGUGCCAAACUCAUCUACGGCCAUAGUAUAUUGGAGCGGAUCAUCAGAUAUGUUAUUUUCAACUGGCUGCCCAAGUCGGUGCAGAAGAAACAGCUCAUCAGAGACUCGGCUUACCGCCCCCAAGCCAACUUUUUGCCCCUGGCUCCCAAGCGAGGCACCAUUGAUAUUAUCCCUCAGCAACCCUCGAAGCGGAUGCAAAAAGAAGAGGAGGAGGGUAGGGAGCAAGCGGAAGCAGCUGCCACCGCUCUUUGA